AUGGUAGAUAAACCCAAAAUUGUAUGGGAGGAGACAGAAUUCAGCGAAUGUGAUAUAGUUACGGACGAAAACAUGCACAACACCUCAAAAAGACAUCAGACAGUGAACUCAUUAGAUGAAAUCUCAGAUAUUACGAUUCUAGACGAUUUUGAAGGAGUUGAGCUCAAUUCAUCAUGUUUUGAGAGCAAAGAAGAAGACAAAGACACGUUUGACAGUGUAAUUGAUAAUUUCAAUGCGUCAGAACCGAGUGCAUUAUACUUUUCAUCGAUGGAAGGCUGCAACUUGUUCACAUCCCAAAUUGACCCAGCCAAAUUAGAACAUGAACUCAACUCAAAUAACAAACUGGCCAAUUCAAACAUAUCUAGGGGUUCAUUUGUUAUUUCAAGGAUCAGAAGAGUAGCAAAUGAUGUGGUGCUUGAAGGAGAUGGCUCAAAAGUGCACGUAUCAGGUAACUGGAACAUUAUUGACUAUGAAAUUGGAAUGAAGGUGACUAUUCUUCAUUGUGGCUGUUGCAGCCAUAAACAGCCUCUUUAUAGAGUGGAUAACAACCAGAACCUGCUAUUUGUUGAGGAUGACGUCCUUACGAUCUCCAAUUUCAUUAGUUCAUUUGAGUGCAUAAACAGACCAAAAACCAAAGUGAAAGUACACGAAUUUGAAUUUGAAUACCAACAUAGCAUGAUAGUGAUUGGAUUAUCAAUACACGAGGCCAUUCAAAGAAUGUUGGUUGAGAAACGAGUAGAUACCAAGUUCAUCAAUGAAGUUCUAAAUUCUUUUUGUAGGGAGAAUGCGAUACGUCUCUACAGAUGCAACAUCACAGAGACACAGUUGAAGAACGAGGCCAUGAAGCAGAUUCAGAAUUCAAUUGGAUUUGUGAACAAGAUUGGAUCAUGUGAUAAGAUUGAACAUUGGCUCUUUUCUAACCUGUUUGGGCUCAGAGGCAAUAUCGACUUCUUCAAUAGCAAAUAUGUGGUAGAAUUGAAGACUGGAAAAUACACUCACGUAUCCCAUAGGGCACAAGUGAUAUUCUAUACACUGAUGCUUGCUCAUGAAGAGAAUAAAGAACAGAAAGAGAAGCAUCCACUCAAAACAACCAGAAUUCCAAUGAUCUUCUACACUCAACUCUAUCAAACACCAGUUAUACAGCUCAUUCAUGCUGAAGUAAGGGAAUUGGUAAUCAGAAGAAACAGAGUUGCCACAACCAAGGGAAUCAUAGCAUGCACCUGUAAUGAAACAGAGACAUGCGCACUGUACAAUAGCAUAAUGAGGCUGGAUAAGAGCCACUGGCUCAGAAUGACACUUGAAGAAUUGGAAAAAGAGAGCAGUAACCUGAAUCUGAUCAAAAUAAGCGAAAAGAAGGCACUCAAUUCCACCAUAUCAUUCAAGUGCAGUGAUGGAAUCAAAAACAGCCUGAAAAAGAAGGAUCCAAUUGCAUUCUACACAAAAAGACUCAAAUUCAUUUGCAAGGGCAGUGUAAGCUUAUUCAAUGAGAACGAAUUGGUUUGUGACGUACAAACUAAGAUUGACUUUAGUGAUGCAUACUACUUCACAUAUGAAGUAGACGACUUAUUCUACAGGUUCUGCAAGUACUCGUUGCUGAAUAUUGCAUACUUCAGCUAUUUUGGUACAAAACAGCAGGAAUGUGCCAACAGAUUCAGAAUGCCUGGCCAGGAAGAAGACGAAUUAUUUGAUGAAGAAAAUAAAAGAAGGCGAAUUCAAAACACGGUGCUUUCUCAGACACCACAAAUGAAUCCAAUUUGCACAAGUGAAUUCACACUCAAAGCAGUGAAUCAAACGAUGACUAUUCCGCCCAAAACAGCCAAAUCGACGACAAUUCCAAUCCCAGACAUGUUCAAGGCGGAAUUCUUUCGUCUCAACAAGUAUCAACAACAUGCAUUAAUCAAUGCAUUGAACUGUACUGAUUUCUCACUGAUACACGGGAUGCCUGGGACUGGCAAAUCCACUCUGAUUGCUCUACUGAUCAAAAUACUCGUCUUCUACAACAAGAAGGUGCUUCUUGUCUGCUACACACAUCUGGCAAUCAACAACCUGCUUGGAAAGUUGAAUGACGUUCGCUGGUUCAAGGCCAAUGGCUCCUCUGCCCUUGAUAAGAUGACUGUUGCUGGAAUCAGAGCACAUUUCGACUCAUUUGAGGUCAUAGCUGGCACCUGCUACUCUCUUGGAGACGCAGUCUUCGUUAAUAGGCGAUUUGACUUCUGUAUCACGGAUGAGGGAUCUCAAAUCAGUCUACUACUCAAUUUGAUACCAAUAUCACGCUCUGAUCGAUUUGUGAUUGUUGGAGAUCACCUCCAAAUCAGCCCAAUCAAAGGAAACCGCCUGAGUCUCUUUGAACAUCUCCACUACCAAUAUGGAUCAGAUGAGUUACGAACUCAAUACAGAAUGGGAGAGGAAAUAAUGAAAAUAAGCAAUCAAUUAUUCUACCAGAAUAGAAUGGUAGCAGGGUGCAACCACAACAGCAGUGUCAAAUUCAUAGACACGGCCACAAGAAGCAUUGAGGAGACACUGCUUGGUCUCGAUGACGGUGAUACCACUGUCCUAUGCUACUUCAAUUGCAUCGUAGACCAAAUCAGUCGCAUUCUGAAGAAUAGGCGCAUUCCAGUCUACACCAUUGACAGAUUCCAGGGAUCAGAGAGUGAUAGAAUUGUGAUCAUUUUUGAUCCAAUUCUGAUGAAUGCCUGUCAGCUCUGUCCCAGACGCCUGAAUGUUGCCCUGACUCGUGCUAGAAGCAGACUGAUUCUGGUUGGAAACAGGGCUGAAAUGGAGAAGACAGUGCUGUUCAGAGAGCUGCUUGAGUUGGUUGUGAAGUAG